UGGCUUUGAGUUCUUAGUUCUUGCCCAGGAUGGCGGAUAGUGAUGGUUGUGGGAGUGCUAUCCCUGGCCACAACAUUUCAUCUUAUAUUUGUGGAGAUUGAAUUGUUUAUUAAAAUAGAAAGGGCAGCUGAAAAACACGCUGUUCUGGUUCUGAACUUAUUCUAAAAUGUAAAUACCUGAAUGAUUUUAAAUGUUGAGACUUACAUUUAUCCACGGCCCAGUAGACGUUACCAUCUUGUUUUGCAGCCUCAGCCACUGCACACAGCAGACGAUAAACAAGCGCGGGCCGCGGCGGCGUCAACAAAGAUCAACUCCAUUCGACAGAUUUGGUUUAUGAAUCCAAGAACUAUUGUUGAAACUUUGUCUAUUCAAGAAGACGGUGACUUCUGAAUAGGGUUAGGACGACCUGCACUUUUGCUGAAAUGGCUUCUCGCAAAGGUAAACAUUACCAAGAGUACAUGGAUAAGCUGCUGAGAGGAGAGAAAAAUGUCACUAUACCAUACUCUACAUGGAGUGCAUGGCUUCGCAAAGGAAAAAUAACUGUAGAAAAACUUCAUCAACUUGGUAUAAAAACAAAUCAGAGGAAACGCAGAACUCCCAGGGUUGAUUUGCAACGCGAAGACUCUGGACUUGGAUCCGAACAACAAAACCACGAAGUACGAGAGGCAAAUGCUGAUCAACAUCAUGCAGUAGAUUGUAAUGUGUCAGAUGCAAGUUCUGACAGCCAAGACGGAAGUGCUCCUUUUCGUGAAAGUGACAGUGAUAGUGAUAGUGACAACGCCCAUUUGGAUAGAGAACAAACUGAGCUCUCUGACCGAUCACAUACUGAUUCAUCUGACAGCAGUGGUGAUAGUGACAGUGAGAACAAUGACCCGCUAUUGGCUGACACUACCCGGCUCUUGUCUAUUUUAAACAAUCAAAGAAUUGGGCCAACUACUAUGAAUGAAAAAUUGCAUCCGAACUUAGAUAUUACUAAAUUUGAAGUUCUUCUGAUGAUUUUGCAUUUAAGUAUGAGGCACAGGAUGACAGAUGUUUUUUUGAACCAUCUGUUUGAAUUUGCUGAGAAAAUUGUUGGUAUGCCAAAGUCACUUCAUAUGUCAAAGCAUUUGUUUCACAAGCUAUUCCAAUGUGGUAGAAGGCCAACACAACACUUCUACUGUCCUAAAUGUUCUGAUUACCUUGGUGUUGGGGAAGACUUUAACAAUAGAGAUGUAACUUGUGAAAGGGAAGAGUGUGACUGGUCGAGCACUGCGUCCUCCCUUAACAGUAGAAACUAUUUUUUAACUUUGGAGAUGCGUCAGCAAAUAACUGAUGUUCUAUCAAGACCUGGCCUUAAAUUAGUCUCGAAGCAAAGAACAGAAAACGUUUUGACCGAUUUCAUGGAUGGUCUUGAAUAUCAGCAUAUCUUUAGAGAUCGUAUUUUACCGUCUGAACCAGAUGCUUUGACAUUAACAAUUAACACUGAUGGUUCUCCAAUCUUCAAAAGUGGGAAUAAUUCUUUGUGGCCUGUGCAUUUUUAUAUUAAUGAACUUGAUCCAAGUGAGCGUUUCUGUGCAGAAAAUGUACCAAAUAUUCAGGUGUUUCUGAAACCUAUAGUAGAGCAGUUGAUAGAAUUAGAAACUUCUGGUGUUGUCUGGACAAAGCCCGAUGGUUCCACUGUUGAAAGUCCAAUUUAUGUUUUGUCAUGCUGUUGUGAUUCUGUAGCUAGACCUAAAGUUCAAUGUCAUAUGCAAUUUAAUGGGGCAUAUGCCUGUGCAAUCUGUAUGCAUCCUAAUACUACAAUACUUGUUGAUCAAAAAGUUAAACCAGCAGUUCAAAAAAAUAAAAAGAGAGGCACUAAAAGGAAAGCUGACCAAGUUGAUGAAGAAGUGGCACCAAAGAAAAUUAAAAUAAUGAGGUACUUGAGAGACAGUUAUCCUUUACGGUCAAAUCAACAACUGAGAGAGCAUAUGGAGAUGGGGGAAGCAAGUCCACUGGGUCCUAUAAUGGGAUGCACAGGUAAGUCAGUGCUUGCUGAACUAAAGCAGUUCAAUGUUGUUUAUGGAUUUGUAAUUUAUUACAUGCAUGCAGUUUUGUUAGGCACAAUGAAAAAAAUGGCUUUUUUGUGGUUCGAUUCAAGUAGUAGUGGUGAGCCUUAUUAUAUUGGUCUGAAAAUUGACAGAGUUAAUCAGCGCUUGUCAACUAUCACUCCAACAAAUAGAUUCAGAGCUCCUCGACCUAUGUCGGAUAGAGUUCACUGGAAGGCUAACGAAUGGAGAGCGUUUUUACUUUAUUUUGGUUUAGUGGUUGUUCACAAUAUCCUACCAAUUCAGUACUACAAUCACUUUAAAAAACUAGUGUCAGCUAUUUAUAUAUUGUGUAAAGAAUCAAUUUUAAAUGAUGAGGUUGUACAUGCUCAUAAUCUCCUCAGCCAAUUUGUUCAUGAGUUCCAAGAUCUUUAUGGAGAAGUAAAUAUGGUAUAUAAUGUUCACAUAACAGGCCAUCUGGCACGGCUUGUUGCUAGAAUGGGUCCACUUUCGGCUUACUCUGCUUUCCCAUUUGAGUCUGCAAAUGGAAGGCUAGUUAAUCUUGCCAUGGGUACUAAAGGGGUUGCAACUCAAAUAUGUAGAAAGUACCUCAUGACUCACAAUGCUACAAAACUGUUUGGCCAUGGUUACUAGGUAAGCCCCCAAAUUUUAAAAUUCUGCUCCAAAGUGAUUGGCUAUGAAUACCUUGAGAACUCAAGUAAGGGUCAAAACGAUGAAAAC